AUGAGAAAAUCCAUCCGACUAUCAUCCGUCGGCCUCGGCCAAGCUGCAGAACCGGCGGUGAAGAAUUUCAGUACUCGUUUUUCUCUCACGCCGCUUGCAAAGCGUGUUCAGAGUCUAACGGAUGGGCAAAGAUUGGCAAUCUCGCGAACGGGAUUUGGUAGUUUGCUAUUGGUUCCGAAUCAUUCACUUAACAAGGUUUUCCUUACAGAGGUAAUGGAGGCUUGGAAUUCUGAGUUGCGAGUUUUUGAGAUGGGUUCUGGGGAGAUUGGGUUUAGUUUGUUGGAUGUUGCUUUGAUUUUGGGGCUUCCGGUGGUGGGACACCGUGUGGAGCUGAGUGAUGAUGAAUUGUUUUCUGAAUUGGAAGAGGAGUACGGGGCUUCACGUGCAAAGAGAAAGGUAGCUAUGGCUAGUCUUGAAGCGAGGCUUGAUUCUAUUGGGGAAGUUGUGAGUGAUGAUUUUGUGAGGAGCUUUUUGCUUUAUACCAUUGGGACUUUCCUUUCUUCCAAUGAUGGGAAAGUGGAUUCACGGUACUUGUCUUUUCUUGGGAAUUUAGAUGGGGUUUCUAGUUUUGCUUGGGGUGCUGCUGUUGUUGAAGAUUUGUGUCAGUGGCUUGAUAAGAGGAAAGACAACAAUGUACAAUAUGUUGGUGGUUGUCUCAUAUUUCUCCAAACAUGGUCCUACGAGCACUUUGAUAUGGCACGGCCAAAUUUGCUAGAUGAAGAUAGAACUUUUCCUCGUGUGUGUCGAUGGGAUCACAGUAAAUCUCACCCAAGGCAGCGGGGUACUUCAAGGUUUAAGGAUCUACAUGAUGACCAGAUAAUUUAUAAACUUCAACCUACGUCUCAAGAGUUACAAAUAGACAUAAUAAAAGAAGCAAUGGAGUUACUAGGUGACAGCAAGGUUAAAAGGGAUGGAAAUUAUUCAGCAAGCACAUCAAGUAAUCUUUCAGAGGAAGAUGAAGAGAUACAGCUUAGUAGCUCUAGUAAAAUAUAUACAGAAGACGGGAUUAAUUUUGAGAAUCAGGUAGUAGCGGACACUCCCACACGGUUGGCCACUUACGAUGAAGAGUAUAGAGAACAGAAAAUCAAUAUUGAAUAUCUGAUAAUCGAGGACACCCCUGAUGAAGAGUAUAGAGAACAGAAAAUCAAUAUUGAAAAUCUGAUAAUCUUGGAUACCCCCUCGGAUUCGAGCAAUCCUGUUAAAUUAGGCAGAGAGGAACAGUUCCAAUUUCAAAAACUAAUGAUGGAGGACUCUUUCACAAAUUUGAGCAUAUCUGAUUCUGAGGACGGAAGUAGAGAAGAUGGGUUGAACACUGAAAGUCACAUAAUCGAGGACACAACCACAAAUUUGAGUAUUGGGGGCGAAGUAGGAAAAGAGCAAGACUUGAUUGCUGAAACUCUCAUAGUGGACGACACUCCACCUAAGUUCAGCUCUGACGAUGUUGAUUUAAGGAAGAAAAACAUCAUGUUAGAAGAGGAAAUUACCGAAUUGAAGCUGAAAAUAAGCCAACAAAUGGAAGAAAUUGGAGUUCUCCGUAGAGAGAAUUUAUCAAAUGCACAAUUAAAAGCGGAGAACGAUGAGUUGAAACAAGAGUUGGACAUCUUGAAAAGCAAUUUAAAUGGCUUUGCAGACCAAACAGAGAGAGGUAUCAUGGAAUUCCUUUCUGAUGCAAUUGAAUAA